AAAGAACAUUCUUAGGACUAACGAACGAACAAUCGUAAACUGAAUCAAACGCAAAAGAAAACAAUGGCUCUGAGGUUGGGUGUUGGAAGGCAAGCAGGCGCUCUUCUCUCUGUUACACCAAGAACCAGAUUUAGAUCUCAUGCUGCCCUUGGCUUUGGGUUUCUUCCUCUUCACUCCCCAAUCCCAACAAUCCAUUAUCUUCCUGAAUCAAGAUUUUCAGUUAGGGCUACAAGUGGAACAACUGUGGGUGCUGUGGCUCCCAAGAAGGAGAAUGAAGAUCAAUCUUCAAAGAAUUGGAAAAUUAAGAUGCUCUAUGAUGGGGAGUGCCCCCUUUGUAUGCGUGAGGUUGAUAUGCUUAGAGAGAGAAACACAAGUUAUGGAACAAUCAAAUUUGUUGAUAUAAGCUCAGAUGAAUACCUCCCAGAGGAUAAUCAAGGCCUUGAUUAUAAAACAGUUAUGGGAAGAAUACAUGCGAUUUUAUCUGACGGCACUGUUGUUACAGAUAUUGAGGCAUUUAGAAAACUCUAUGAAGCAGUUGAUUUAGGAUGGGUCUACGCAAUUACCAAAUACGAGCCUGUUGCAACCAUUGCAGAUGCUGUUUAUGGCGUUUGGGCUAAAUAUCGCCUUCAAAUUACAGGUCGACCACCUCUAGAGGAAGUUUUGGAGGCGCGGAGGAAGAAGGAGGAACUAUGUAAGGACAGCAAGAGCUGCAAGAUGUAAACAUUUCAGGCAUGCUGAACUGCAGAAAAUUAAAGUCUUAUGUUUUUACCUGCAUUUCAUGUGUAGAAUGUGCCCCAAUGUACAAGAUACCACGCUUUCUUUUUCUCGGUACCUUUAGCAGAAAUUACAUGUAAUAAUGUACAUAUGGUUACAGACUGAAUAUUUGAGAAAAUAUAUGAUCUUUCUGUG